AUUCGAUCAUCCAUCCGUGAGUAUCCAAAGGAGGGGGAUGAUCGUUUCGCUUCCUCCUCUCCCCCCAAUCCAAUCCAUCAAAACGUUGUCUGUUGCGCUGUCGCCGACGAGCCCUUAUCGAUCAUUCCCGGCUGACCCGACUUUUCUCCCUUUUCCUCUCAUCCUACGAUUCGCAUCUCGAACAUUUAUAACCCUCGUCACCUCGUCGAACCACUCUUUCUCACUCGUCCUUCACCUCGGAACCCCAUAACAACAACAAACCCCCUCCCCAACAAAAAGCAGUCCUAGACUCUUCUCCGCAAAACAACUACCAAACACUUUCUUUUAAACACACACAUACAUUCCACUACAAUGGCUCCUAUCGAAGUUAAGAAGAUCGUCUGUAUCGGUGCCGGAUACGUCGGAGGUCCCACCUGUGCCGUUGUCGCCCUCAAGUGUCCCCACAUCCAGGUCACCAUCGUCGACGUCAACCAGUCCCGUAUCGACGCCUGGAACGACCCCGACUUCAACCUCCCCAUUUACGAGCCCGGUCUCGUCGACGUCGUCAAGGGAUGCAGGGGUAGGAACUUGUUCUUCUCGACUGAGGUCGACAAGGGUAUCGCCGAGGCCGACUUGAUCUUCGUCUCGGUCAACACUCCCACCAAGAAGUCGGGUCUCGGUGCUGGUUUCGCCGCCGACUUGAACUACAUCGAGUUGGCUACCCGAAGGAUCGCCGAGGUUUCGACCUCGUCCAAGAUCGUCGUCGAGAAGUCGACCGUUCCCUGCAGGACCGCCGAGUCCAUGAGGACUAUCCUCGAGGCCAACGCCAAGCCUGGCUGCAGGUUCGACAUCCUGUCCAACCCCGAGUUCUUGGCCGAAGGUACCGCCAUCGAGGACCUCUUCGCCCCGGACAGGGUCCUCAUCGGUUCCCUUCAGUCCCAAGAGGGUCUCGACGCCUGUGCCGCCCUCGCCAACGUCUACGCCAACUGGAUCCCCAAGGAGAGGAUCUUGACCGUCGGACUCUGGUCCUCCGAGCUCUCCAAGUUGGCCGCCAACGCCAUGCUCGCUCAGAGGAUCUCAUCCGUCAACAUGCUCAGUGCCAUCUGUGAGGCUACCGGAGCCAACGUCGACGAGGUCGCUUACGCCGUCGGAAAGGACUCGCGUGUCGGACCCAAGUUCUUGAAGGCUUCCGUUGGUUUCGGAGGUUCUUGUUUCCAGAAGGAUAUCCUCAACUUGGUCUACCUCGCCCGAUCGCUCAACCUCGAGGAGGUCGCUCGAUACUGGUACGCCGUCGUCGAGGCCAACGACUACCAGAAGAACAGGUUCGCCAAAAAGGUCGUCGACACCUUGUUCAACACCAUCACCGGCAAGAAGAUCGCCGUCCUCGGAUUCGCCUUCAAGGCCGACACUGGUGACACCCGAGAGUCGCCCGCCAUCGACCUCAUCAACCACUUUUUGUCGGAGCGUGCUAGGGUCACCGUGUACGACCCCGAGGUCCAGGAGUCGCAGAUCAUGCUCGAUUUGACCGACUACGGUGCCAAGCCCGCCGAGCCCAUCCAGAAGGCCGUCACCGUCUGCCCGAGCGCUUUGGAGGCCUGCAAGGGAGCCGAUGCCAUCGUCGUCGUUACCGAGUGGAAAGAGUUUGUCAACUUGGACUGGCAGUCGAUCCACGACACCAUGAACAAGCCCGCUUUCAUCUUUGACGGAAGGAACAUUUUGAAGCGACAAGAGCUCAAGAACAUUGGCUUCAAGGUCGUCUCGAUCGGAACCGGUGACCGACUCUAGAGAGAGGGAUGGAGGGAGAGAUGAGAUGGACCGGAUCGUUCUAGACGCUUGGCCGGGUUGUUCUUCUAUUUUGUGACUUUCUCUAGAGUUGUUCUUGGUCGGGCUUUGUUUACGGUGUCUUCUGCAUAUAUAUGAUCCAUACGAUAGAUUUGAG